CCGCCGGUCAACAUAGCCUCGGCGCGCCAGUUUAUCUCAGAGGCCACGUUUCAGGGUUCCAGGGCCUGUAUGAGUGUGCGUUAGAGUUUCCGUGCUGGUGUGUUUACGUGUAGUGCGUGCAGUCCAUCCUUGUGCCGACAUCGGCGGUGAGGAGUCCCUCGACGUCGUCGUCGAGCAGCGUGCGGUCAUCACCUGAUGCCCGUAGUGCGGCUCAUGCGUGGUGUCUCUUGGCUCGCAAAGAAGCAAUCAUGAGAAGCGGAUUCCACCGCGUUGAGCUGAACAAGACGGUGUGGGAGGUUCCUGUCCGAUACACCAACCUUUCGCCCAUCGGCGUCGGCGCUUACGGACAAGUUUGGCUUAUGGUUAGGACAGUGUGUGAGAAGUUCGGCAGCGAAUGCAUCCAAUAUUUUAUUGCUGCACGUGCUUCAGCGUUUGACAAGGAGAACAAGCAGAAAGUGGCCAUCAAGAAGUUGUCGCGCCCCUUCCAGUCGGCCAUCCAUGCCAAGCGCACGUAUCGAGAACUGCGACUUCUCAAGCACAUGGACCACGAAAAUGUGAUAGGCCUUCUGGAUGUGUUCACACCUUCGACCACACUGGAAGACUUCCAUGACGUGUACCUGGUGAACCAUCUGAUGGGCUCAGAUCUGAACAACAUAAUUCGGACACAGCGUCUGAGUGAUGACCACGUUCAGUUUCUCGUCUACCAGAUUCUGAGAGGGCUCAAGUACAUCCACUCGGCUGGAAUCAUCCACAGGGAUCUGAAACCAAGCAAUAUUGCAGUGAAUGAGGACUGUGAAUUGAAGAUCUUGGACUUUGGCCUGGCACGCCAUGCUGAGGUGGAAAUGACUGGGUAUGUGGCCACGCGCUGGUAUCGAGCACCGGAGAUCAUGCUCAACUGGAUGCACUACAACCAGACAGUGGACAUUUGGUCGGUGGGGUGCAUCAUGGCCGAGCUCAUCACGGGCAAGACGCUGUUUCCAGGCAACGACCACAUCCACCUUCUGAACAUGAUCAUUCGACUCUUGGGCACCCCGUCCGAGGAGUUUCUCGAGAAAGUUAGCAGUCUCAGUGCCAGGAAUUACAUUCGGAGCUUGCCUGUUAUGAAGAAAAAAGGCUUUGCUGAGGUGUUCCAGGGUGCGAACGAGAAAGCCAUUGACCUUCUGGAACGCAUGCUGGAACUGGAUGCGGACAAGCGCCCCACUGCCACUGAGGCUUUGGCCCACCCGUACUUGGCCAGCCUGGCCGACCCAUCUGACGAGCCGUCCGCCGAGCCCUGCGAUCAGUCCUUCGAGGAUCGGGACCUCAGUGUACACGAGUGGAAACGGCUAGUGUACGAGGAGACCACCAACUUUGUGCCCCGACCUGCUGCCAACUCUGACGUGUAACAAGCUGUCAAAUGGAGGAGGGCAGUUCGAGCUUUGUGGGAGCAUCCCCAGUGCACUGCUUUUUGCUGAACCACGAAUUUACUUCGAGUGCCUUUGUUCUUUUCUGCAUAUACACAUGUGUCGUAUGUGUCCAAAAGUGGUUGUCAGUGCUGCUAAGUAAUAAAGCAUAGCAACGGGCGUUGUUUCAAAAGUGCCUUUUACGCAUAUUCUUAUCCUCAAAUGCGUCGCUACUUGCUGAAAAAUUUUUCCAUGCUGUUAAGUCGCACCACCGUGCGGACGUAUUGUUGCGUGUUAGUCACACACUAUAGUUUGUUUAACAAAGUUUCUUGGUGAAUUGUCGACUGUCGCAGACUUCCACAUAAUAAAAUAACACAGAAAUACCCAUUUA